CACCAAAUCAGGUUGCCAGUAGUGUGGCCACUGGCAAUAUGAAAAGGCAUCUAAGCAGCAAGCAUCCAAUGGUACAAUUUGCUAGGGCAACGGCUCCACCAGCAUCAAUUAUGCAACCAGAAAAAGUUCCCAGCAUCUCGAGCACGGUCUACAAGCAGGAUGUUUCUCUUUCGUCGAUGCCUUCAGCUACAGAUAAUCUAGAGACUACUUCGAAAAUCCCGGUUCAUCGUCCUGUGGAUGUUGCUUCAGCUGAACAGCAACCUUGUCGAACGGAGUUGCAGGCAACAAUGUCACGGUAUGUCGACGUCAUCAAACCGAUGUCUGUUCAGAAGAGCAGACUGAUUGAUAUGCAGCUACUGAGGAUGAUCUGCUGUGAGUACCAACCUUUUUCCAUCGUUGAAGAUCAGGAAUUUCGAAAGUUUGUGCAAUUGUUAAAUCCGAGUUACACCUUGCCCAGUCGGAAAACUUUAUCUAACAGCCUGCUCCCAGUAAUUUACAAUGAGCAUAUGGACAAAGUUAUGAAGAGUUUGUCAGAAGCCCAUGCUGUCGCUCUAACGAGUGACGGGUGGAAGAAUUCGAAUAAUGUAGGAUACUAUGCUCUCACAGUUCAUUUCCUGAAUUCGAAAACUGAACUGCAAUCAUACUUACUGGAAUGCUCCGAGUUCAGUGAGAAACAUACCGGUGAAAACAUUUCCAAAUGGAUUUCAGACGUAUUGAUUAAGUUUUCUAUUACUGAUAAAGUAACGGCAAUUGUUACUGACAAUGCGGCCAAUAUGAAAAUCGCCGCUUCAAAAUUGGAAAUUAUUCACCUAUCAUGUUUUGCGCAUUCUUUGAAUCUUGUCGUUCAACGUAGCAUCUCCAAUUCAAUUCAGUCGGUUGUCGACAAAUGCAAGUCCAUUGUACAGUACUUUAAGAAAAGUAGCUACGCCUUAUCUAAGCUUCAGGAAGUGAUGGUCAAUUUCAACAUGAAGAACCUUAAGUUGAAGCAGGACGUGCCCACAAGAUGGAAUUAGACAGAUGAUAUGCUUAAGCGGCUUUUGACCAACAUGAAAGCUAUUAUAUCAACACUUGCUCUAUUGGAGUCAAAACUUCGCUUGGAUGCUCGUGAAUGGGAAGUAAUCGAGAGUUCGGUCAAAAUUUUGGAAAUUUUCUAUGCUGUUACGGAGGAAAUUUCUGCAGAGAAGAACGUUUCGUUGUCGAAAACAGUGGUUCUGGCCCGAAUCAUGACAAGGCAAGUACAGCAGAAUUUGGAGAAGGGUGCUUCAUUACCGGCGAGUGUCCGGAAAUUAGGGCAGGAGCUCCUAAGUGGGAUUUCGAAACGCUUUGGCCACACAGAGGAUAUUGAAGUCGUUGGUCAAGCUAUUUUCUUGGACCCCCGAUUUAAAAAACAAGGCUUCGGUGAAGAAUCAAACUUCACUAAAACGUAUCAAUCAUUGACUCAAAUGAUGGUUUAAGCUGAUACAAGGAGCCUGGCUGAUCACGAAAUUACGACCGAGGAAGUGGACGUCAAGCCUAAGUCACUUGUCUGGGAGGAGUUUGAUGCAACCGUUAACAAACUACAAGGCAGCGUGGAUCCAAAAACAUCGGCCUCCAUCGAAAUUGACAAAUAUUUGGCUGAACCGAUCCUUGCGAGGGACAAGGAUCCGCUUGAUUGGUGGGAAAUCAGGAAACUUAUUUAUCCAAAGCUGUAUGCAAUAAUGCAAAAACGCCUUUGUACUCCUGCAACAUCCGUUCCGUGUGAGCGAAUCUUCUCAAAGGCGGGUCAGAUUUGUUCUGAAAGACGAAGCCGGCUUUGUUCGAAGAACAUCUCGCAAAUCUUAUUUGUAUGUCAUAAUUCAUAAAUUCUAACGAUGUCAAAACUGAGUUGAAUCUGCGAGCAAAUAUAUGUAUAUGAAUAAAUACAAAUUUAAACCUAUAUUGUUUUUUUGUUUCUGACAAUACUUUUGUUAAAAUAUUGGUGAUCCGCAAAGAAGAUCCGGUUCACCUUAAUGAAUGAUCCGGCUUUGAUCCGAUCCGCAAAAGGAUCCGUUUUGCCCACCUCUACAUAUGUCACAGUUUAUCUCAUACUAAUUAAAUUAUUUUUUUCUUUGCUUCCAGGUAAACACAUUCAUGGAGUUCAUUGGUAUGUUAACGGUGAGUGUGACAACGCAUGUAGGACGGACAAACCUCUGGAUCUGAUGACCAAAAAGAAUCACAGUUCAUAGAGGAUCGUUUGUUUCCGUGUGAUAAAGCAAAAAUGUACAAUACCCUAUACUGUUAUUAAUCAGAUUGGCUGAUAUGGCUUAAACAUUUUCAGCUUGUAAUUAGAAGGUACAGAAUGUUGUUAAUUGACAAAUUGAGAGAUGGAUUUGUGAAAAAAAAAAUCGUGUUCGGUGCGAUGCGAACUCACGACUCCGUAUCGCUAUUCCGGUGCUUUUACCAACUAAGCCAAAGAACAAGUAACGAUUCUGCGGAUUGCUUUCACAAUUUUUUCUCUCAAUUUAUGGAUUAAACGCAACUUUGCCUUAAAAUUCUACAAGUUUUUACGUAUACUUUCUACAUGGAUUACUGCAUGGAUUGUGCUGGCCUGCUUACCGCGUAAACGUUAAAUUUUCUGUGAGAGAAAGCAGGCCAGCAUAAAUUCGUGCAGUGGACCAAACUAAUAAGUUCGUGUUGGUAGAAAUGGGUAAUGAAUUGAUUACUAACCCCAUGGAAGAUUUUCCAAAAAGAAUUCCUUGAGGAUUUUCGAGUAACAGCGGAAAAACCCAAGGAAGAGUACAAGUUCUGAAUAAAUUUCUGGGGUUCUUGAAAACUUUAGAGAAAGUUCCAAAGGAAACGUAGUAUUUUCUUAAAGAAUCAAUAAAAGAAUUCCUGAAGGAUUUCUCAGAAAAAUCUCUAACGUCAAUCCUGGAUUUUUUUAAAUUCCCCAAAAGUUUUUCUGAAUAUCUUAAGGUAUCCGUUAAUGGUUUUUGAAUAAAUCCUUGGAUAAUUUUCCAGAGGAAUGUCUUGAAUAAUUUUUGAAGGAAUUAUUUAAAUAUUUCUGAAAAAAAAUCAAUGGGAAAAACUCUACAGUAAUCCAUGCAAGCUUUCUAAUUUAAUAAUCUUUUGCGACAAUUCAGAGGAAUUGCAAGCGCAAUGUCUGAAUCAAUCUCUUUAAGAUACUUAAAAAGUCCCGGAAGAAAAUAUCCGAAUGAAUCUUGAUAUUUUGUGAAUGAGACCCAAGAGGAAUUUCCGAAGGAAUUUGUGGCGAAAUCCCUGAAUACAUUUCUGUAGAAAUCUCGGGACAAAUGUGUGAAUACCCGAAACAUUGAAUUGAAUUUUGGGAAUAGGAUAACUGUGACAAUGACUUUCGGAAAGAGAUUAUGUAGAAGUGUUAUAAGAGGUCCCAAGGGACAAAGCA